AUGAAAGUUACUUUCCUUUUAUUUUUAUUUUUAUUUGUAAUUAAAAUAACUUUUUCAAAAUACCACUCUAAUCAGUUGGUUAAAAAACACAGUGAUUUAUACACAAAUUAUGUAUCAUAUCAUCAUAGUCAAAUAUUGGAAAAUGGAACAGUUUUGUCAAUCAAAAAUGAAUCAUUAUACUUAGAAAACAACAAGAUAUCUUUUCAAAAUGUAACUCCUAUUGGAAUGGAAAUUAAGUAUGGGUAUUUAGAGUUAAUGUUCGAAAAUAUUGUAUCUGGUAAUAUCGAAAUAUAUGGAACAAAUGAAUAUAUUGAAAAGAAAUUUAAAAAUAUUGAAUAUUUACAUAUAAAUGUUGCUAAUUUAUGUUUUAAAAAUGAAUAUUUAAAUGUUAUAAUUUUUGAUAAAAACCACAAUAACUUUUCAAAUAAAAGAAUAAAAACAAUAACAUGUACCAUAAAUAUAUGA